UAAAAUACAAUAAUUUAUAUUUGUUUAGGAGAUGCUGCAUUAUUAGAUGCUGCUAAAAAGGGAAAUUUAGCAAGAGUUAUGAAAUUAGUAGGACCAGAAAAUAUCAACUGUAGAGAUUCUCAGGGAAGAAACUCAACUCCUCUGCAUUUAGCAGCUGGAUACAAUAAUUUAGAUGUUGCUGAAUUUCUUUUGGAACAUGGAGCAGAUGUUAAUUCACAAGAUAAAGGUGGCUUAAUACCUUUGCAUAAUGCAUCUUCAUAUGGACAUUUGGAUAUUGCUGCCCUUUUGAUUAAAUAUAAUACGGUCGUAAAUGCCACCGAUCGCUGGGGGUUUACCCCUCUUCACGAAGCAGCUCAGAAAGGAAGGACACAGCUGUGUGCAUUACUACUUGCUCAUGGUGCAGAUCCUACAAUGAAAAAUCACGAAGGACAAACACCUUUGGAUUUAGCAUCUGCAGAAGAUGUUAGAUGUUUAUUAUCAGAUGCAAUGCCACCACAAACAUUUCCGCCUACAGCCAAAAGUAAUUCUUUGUCCGGAAAUAUUUCGCCUAUUCCACCCACAAAUUUUCCUUCGUCAACACCGCCAUCUCAUACAAGUAUGAGAAUCGAAAGUGAUUUUUCACCGACCAUAAAUCUUAUGAAUAAUCAAAGAUCGUCCACUAUCAUUGCCAAUGUUACAGCAUCACAACAUGGAGAUGGUUGUAUUGACUUUGACAGGACCGAAAUAUCUGAAUCUACAACAUUACACAAUAUGACGGUCACUGCUUUCCUUUCUAGUCUUAAUCUCGAACAUCUUAGAGAUUUGUUUGAAAAAGAACAGAUUACUCUUGAUAUCUUAGCCGAAAUGGGACAUGAAGAGUUAAAACAAAUUGGCGUAAAUGCUUACGGUCAUCGUCAUAAACUUAUUAAAGGCAUAGAAAAACUUUGUGGAAGUCAUCCCUCUAUUCAGUAUCUCCCUAGUACUCCAGGUACAAUUUUAAUAGAUUUAUGCAUGGAAGACAAGGAAUAUAUUGCUGUUCAGGAUGAGAUGCAAAGUUCAAUUAGAGAGCAUAGGGAUAACGGACAUGCGGGUGGCAUAUUCAAUAAAUAUAAUAUAUUAAAGAUUCAAAAAAUUGCCAAUAAGAAAUUAUGGGAAAGAUAUUGCCAUAGAAGAGGAGAAGUUGCAGAAGAAAAUCAUAGGCAGUCUAACGAACGCAUGCUUUUUCAUGGUUCACCAUUUAUUAAUGCAAUUGUUCAAAAGGGAUUUGAUGAAAGACAUGCAUAUAUAGGUGGAAUGUUUGGUGCAGGAAUAUAUUUUGCCGAGAAUUCCUCUAAAAGUAAUCAAUAUGUUUAUGGUAUUGGAGGAGGCACAGGUUGUCCAGUUCAUAAAGAUAGAUCAUGCUAUAUAUGUCAUAGACAAAUGCUUUUAUGUCGAGUGACUCUAGGCAAAUCUUUCCUGCAGUUCAGUGCGAUGAAAAUGGCGCACGCUCCUCCGGGGCAUCAUUCCGUAAUAGGUCGCCCCAGUGUGGGCGGUCUGUCCUAUCCCGAAUACGUCGUCUAUAGAGGGGAACAGGCUUUUCCAGAAUACCUCAUUUCCUAUCAAAUUGUAAAGCCAGAAAUAGAACAUCCAUCAUCAUGAUGACAGUUUUCACCUCCAAAACAAUUUUCAUCUGUUUUGGGGGUUUGUACAGAUAGCAAGUUUUGUGUGUGCUGCUCAUUUUUUAUUGUUUUGUGCAUACCCAUGUGUUACAGAAUUUUUUGAUGAAAUACCAUAGUUUCCAUAAAGAAGCAAAUGUUAUUUGCAUUCACUUAAUAUGACAAUAUCAAAGCAAGAUAAAAUUGAAAAACAAAAAAAAAUUAUAUUUUUUCCUUCAAAAAUUGUUCUAUCAUUUGAAAGAGACAUUAUUUUUUAGAAGGAAAAAAAUUAUUUAAGAAGACUUUAAAAGUAUUUCUUUUUUUAUCAAAGAAAUUCUCCAGAUCUGUGAUAUUUAUUUUUUUCUCUUUCAAUUAUACAAAAAACAAAAUUUAGAUAUUUAAAGCAUACUCCGACUUAGUGUGAAGGUUUUAAUUUAAGAAAUUGAUAUUCACAACAGCAGUUUUGAUUGCCAUUUGAAGUAGUCUUCCAAAGAAGCAAGGAUUUUAAAACAAACUUUAUUUUAAUGCCAUAUAUUUUAAUUUAAUUUUUUUUUCUUGUUUUUUUUAAUAUCAAAUGAAAUUGUAAACCUGCCUUGUAAUUUUGAUCAAAACAGAAAAAAAAAGUAGAUAAAACAUUUAUUAUUUUUGGUAUUUACUCGGCGCACUUUGAAUAAUAACAAAUAAGGAGGAACCGUUCAUAAGUUUAGUUACUCAUCAUCACUUUCAAGAUAUCAUAUUGUAAAUAUAAUUAUAUAAGCAUAGAAUUAUGUCACAUUUCCAUUUUUUCAUCUAAUAAAUUAAGAAUUAAUAUUAAACAAUAUAAGCUCAUCCCCAAGCAUUCCAAGUUCCUGUAUAAUUUUUAUAUAUAU